UAGUACAGAUCGUGGAAGGCGAGGCUGUGUGGUGCUUCAGCCUGGAGGCAUUACCAAACCCCACCGAUAACUCCCCGCAUGCUUUCAGAUUAAGGGCUGAGGGGAGGAGUUGUUAGAGAUUUCCUUGCUCUUUUUGUAGAGACCCUCGUGGAGACUUUUGGAAACAUGGGAGUCACUUGUGUUUCUCAGAUGCCAGUAGCAGAGGGGAAGAGUGUGCAGCAGACUGUUGAAAUCCUAACAAGAAAACUGGAACUACUUGGAGCAGAGAAACAGGGAACUUUUGGUGUGGACUGUGAAACCUACCACACUGCCCCCUCCACAAUGGGCAACCAAGGGCAGGCUGCCAAGCUGAUGUACGUGAUGCACAAUUCCGAAUAUCCCCUCAGCUGUUUCGCUCUCUUUGAAAAUGGCCCCUGCCUCAUAGCAGAUGCCAACUUCGACGUCCUGAUGGUGAAACUGAAAGGCUUCUUUCAAAAUGCCAAAGGGAACAAAAUAGAAAGCCGGGGUACCCGGUACCAGUACUGUGAUUUCUUGGUGAAGAUUGGCACUGUUACCAUGGGUCCCAGUGCCCGUGGAAUAUCUGUGGAGGUGGAAUACUGUCCGUGUGUGGUAGCCAAUGACUGCUGGAACCUGUUGAUGGAAUUCAUGCAAAGCUUCAUGGGAAGUCACGUUCCUGGAAUCCCUUCUGUGUUCAGCAACAAGCAUGACAGUAUCUACAGCCCAGCUGACACAAUGGUUCAGUACAUGGAACUCUUUAACAAGAUUCGCAAGCAGCAGCAGGUGCCUGUUGCAGGGAUCCGAUGAGGAGGGCUUCAUAAUGCCUGUUUUCAAGCUAGCAACUGUUUGCUUGAUAGUCAUAUCGCAUCCCAGUACUCCAGAUUACAAUUUUCUCUCUACAUCAAAGGACAGUCCUGCUUCUUUGGAGGGAUAAAAUUAAGUGUAUCUCAUCCUACCACUUCACAUAUCAGUGAUAUUCGCUUACUUUGCCCUGCUGGCUCAGUAAACUUACCUACCCUGGGGUCUUCAAGCAACAGUCCCUCCAAAAACUGGAAACUAAGGACAACUUAACUUGCAGAAAUGCAGAGGUUCAAAUUGUGUGCAGGUGGAAGAGUGGGCUUUGAUUGUAUUUAAUAUCCUUGGUGGUGAACGUGAGGUUUCUGUCUGAAUAUGAAAGCCCUUUACUACUAGGUUUAAUAAAAGAGCUAUAUUUUCAGAUGAUACUGUGAACUCAGUAGAUGGUUUUUCUUGCAGUUUGUCGACAUUUUAUUCUUUGGAUGGAAACUUAAAACAGACAGAUUCAAUGUUCUCAGAGUUUAAGUUCUUGCCCUCCCAAUAUCUUCAUAGAAUAAAUAUUAAACUGUUGGGAUUUAGAAUUAUACCAGUUUAGAAGCGUAAUUUCUGUGAUCUUCUGAAGUCAAUAUUCUGCCUUCUACCCUGUAAAUAUAUUUGAAUAGUACAGAAAGAAGAAUCUGAUCAUGCAUAAUAUGCCCCAAACGGAAACUUCAGUUCAGUUAAGAUAUCAAAAUGUUUUAUUAUGAGGCCUUAGAAGCACAUAGGUAUAACCAUGCAAGAUCUUCUGAAAUAGUAAGCAUUUUGUUGAUUGAGGAAUCUAGUGUUUUCAUCCUUAUUGUAUUUUGUCUGUUUUUAGACUUAUUUGUUGACUACAUUAUUGUGACCUGUUUUUAUUUUGUGUUGCAGCUGUGUUAGUUCCCAUGAAUAUCGUCCCUUAAUAAUUUCCUAAAAUAA